CCCAUUCAUCCACAGGCCUACAUAAGCUUCUACCAAUAAGUCUCUCUUUCUCAUCUUCUCCACAGCCCCGCCUCUCGUGAUGGAGAUGAGAAAGGUUGCCUGUGCCGUCCUCGUCGUCGCCGCCUCGGCAACCGGCGCCCUCGCCGCCGAGGCGCCGGCUCCUGGCCCCGCCAGCGCGUCCUUCGCAGUCACCCCCGCCGUUGGAGCCGCCAUUGGGGCCUCCGUGCUCUCCUUCUUCGCCUUCUACUUGCAGUAACCUUUGACGAGAAAGAGAGUAUCGAUAAUUGUCCUUUCUUUCUUCUCUGAUUGAUUGUUGUCAGCUCCACCAGUCGCAAUUGCUUCUGUCUGUCUUUCUUUCUUUCUGCAUCGGUUUGGGUUGUAAGAAAGGCCGGAUGGGAUUUGUUUUGGAGUUAAUUCCUAAUUGAAAUGAAAUAUUUCCGAUUUGUUA